GGCACGGCCCGGGGAGUGGGAGGGAAAGUUGUUGCCUUGCGCCAUGCAGUUCUCACUCGGCGUCCCAGUUUACACGGGACCGGUUGAGGGGAGAGGCCCCGGCGGAGGAAGGGUCGGCCAGGAGGGGCUGAAUGUGAGAAGCAAAGAACGGCAGACUUGAGCAUCCCUGAAGAUCGCCUGGAGAGCACAAGAAGGAGCUCCUUGAGGUCUUCAGCAGGUCCUUCUCCACAUCCAAGGCGUUCUGCCUGCUGCCAAGGAAGGGGAAAGGUUUCUUUGCUCCCCACUUUCUCAGGAACGUUGAAUGCACCAGGAAGGGUUUGCUUUCUUCUGUCCUCCAGCGUAACAGAGGUGUCAGCUUUGCAGGACGUCGAGGGGGAAGAAAGUGCUCAGUGGGACCAGCAGCAGCUCUGCAAGUGCCACAACCGAGCAGCUCCUGGCAGAGGCGGGGAUGCUGGGGUGCUGUCUGUGGGGCUCGGCACCCCCCACGCCAACUGGGGAAAGGAAAGGGGCUGGGUGGCUGGAGUUGCUGCUCCUGCUCCUGCUCAUCCUCUCAGGCUGGGUUUUGACCCAGCAGCCUGUCGGUUGCCCCGCGUUGUGUGAGUGUUCGAAAGGGAACAGGACGGUGGAGUGCAUCAACAAAAAUCUGACCAAGGUCCCGCCGGACCUGCCUCACUAUGUGCAGAGCCUCUUCCUCAUGGGCAACCGCAUCAGCAACCUCUCUUCCAGGUCUUUCCUCUCCCAGCCCCUGCUGGAACUCAGUAACCUCAACCUGAGUGGCAAUCGGCUAGAGCUGGUGGAGGCGGAGGCAUUUGCCAGGUUGCCGAACUUGAAGCAGCUUGAUCUCAGUGACAGUUCUCUCCUGUGGGUCAGCCCCAUGGCCUUCGGGAACACCAGCAGCCCUCUAGAGGAGCUGAAAUUGAGCAACUCCCUUUAUAACUACAGCUUUGUCACCAUCCUAGCAGAGCUGCUUCAGAGGGGGACACUUCAGAACCUGAAGCGCCUAGACCUGUCCAACAAUAAUCUGGUUUACCUCCCUCCUGGCAUCUUCUCCAGGCUGCCCAAUUUGCAGCAACUGGACCUGCACAACAAUUCCUUGGUGAGUUUGCACAAUGUGUCCUUCGGGGGCCUUCAUCAGCUGCAGCACUUUGACCUUGGCGAUAACGCCCUCAAGCGCCUGAGGAACAACACCCUGUUGCAGUUCCGCAGCCUCCCCUGGCUCACCAGCCUCGUCCUCAGCCACAACACCUGGGUCUGCGACUGCGGCAUUGAGGACUUGGCAAACUGGCUGAAGGAGAGUGAUCAGGUGGAGGCCAAAGACGCCCUCAUGUGCUCCGAUCCUGAGGAGAAGCGGAACAGCUCCUUGGUGGCCCUUGACAUCUCAGACCUCAACUGCCCAGAGACGGCAGAUGACCAGACCCAGUUGCAGACUUCUUAUGUUUUCCUCGGGAUAGUCUUGGCCCUCAUUGGUGUCAUUUUCCUCCUGGUUUUAUACUUGAACCGAAAAGGGAUCAAAAAAUGGAUGUACAAUAUCAGGGAUGCCUGUAGAGAUCACAUGGAGGGAUACCACUACAGCAGCUGAACAAGCUUGAACUAAAACAGUAACUCUACACAUGGGAGGAAGGAAAAUAAGAAGGGGUAAGAAUAUUUUCAAUUCCCAGCUUCUGAGCUCCUUUUCGAUACACACGACAGAAGCAAGAAUUGGACUAAUUUUUGCUGUUGAAAGGGAAGUCUUUUGUCAAUGUCCUUGUCAACAAUGAGGACUCUAACAUGCCUGACAGAAACAAUUAGUAUUUGAAUAAGACAAUGUCCUGUCAUGAUAAUUGUCCUGUUGUGUGGCCUGCUAAAUGGAGGAUUAAAAACCCUUUUGUGAAUGUAUUGGUAAUAACAGAUUUCUGAGCUUUUUGCACACUUAAAAAAACUGCUUUUGUUUUUGUUUAGCUUUUCAGUCAGGUGUUAAGUUGUAAUGUAUCUGUAAUUACAGAAGAGGGAGUGGUACAAAAACACACAGUGAAGAGUCAAGAUUAAGUGCUGGAAAAAGAAAGAAAAGAGAACAUACCCUAAACUUUGUUUGCCUUACCAAUAGGAGAUUUCAUGAAGAGCUUCGUCUUCUUUUUUCUACCAUCUGUGACAGUCUUGAGUCAGAUGCCGUCUUUGACCAUAAAAUUAAGCCAGUGCCAAUUUAGCAGCAGAGUUGUUUUCAGGAGCACCUAAGUGUAUGCACCAGAAAUAGGAAACAUUUCUCCUAUUUAGAACUACAGUUUGCUGAAUACCCCAACCAACUGCAGUAUUCAGUUUUGCAAUACAAAAAUCCAGUCUCUGGUGUGUGCUCCGUAGACAGGAAUUAUCAAGAACGUUCACUGCUAAAGUACCAAAGCAGGCCUUUCCACCUGAGACAGUUGUGUGGCUGGCCAUCUUAGUUCUGUGAAGCAAAAGGGUUCACUAUUACUGGGGUAAUACUGAGGUUGCUCUCAUUGGUACCAUUGCCCUUUGCUAGUUCAGUACUCAUUGCUCCAUUUAGCUCUCAUUCCUGUCCCCCACUCAGUCUAAAUUACCUGUGAUAAUCUCUAUUCCUGGGUGUAGAGUAUCCUGAAUAACAUGAUCCUGUAAUUCUUCACUGCUUAUACUUCUGAAAGUAGAAAUAUAUUCAUUUGAGUCUGACUGCCAGUUUUGACCCUUUCUAAUAAAAUCUAGAUUUAAAGCUUUCAGAAAACAGAGGAAUCAAGCGUGACAGAUCCCACGAAGCACUGAACUCUUAAGCUGGCUUCUGUGCAGCUGCCUCUGAUCAUAUACACCAUGGGCCGAAAUAGGACUUUCACGAGGCUUUCGGUAUUCAGUUGCAUCAAUAAACUGAAAACCUGGCUUGCUAUAUCCAGAUAUAAUUUCCAUUGGAAAGUUCUCUGGAGGGAGUUACUGUACACCAUAAUUCUGGAGUGACCAAAACAGGCUAUUAAAAAUGCAGAUUCAGGCUGGAUAUUGUUCCCCCUCCCCUUUACAUGCUCCUGUCUUUCAAAUCCCCCCAAUCCUGGCUAUUCUCCAUCAGCAGGCUGUUCUCCAUCAGCAGGAUACAACUUCAAUGGUGUAGAGGUCCAUCUGGAAGCAGCGCCCCUCAUGAUAAUCACCAUCGUCGGGUCCUUCUGGGAAAGUCAAAAAAUGCAGGCGAUCGGUCCAUAUUAACAAAUGAGGAUCAGGUCUUCUGUUAAGCUGCUGCCUCUUCAGUACCAAACCCACUGCCAAGUAUUUCGCAUUACAGCAAUGCCAGCUUGCAAUGAUUUCCUAGGAAAACCCAUUUCUCUCAUAGCUGUUCUGUAGAUUGCCACGGAGCUUAGGACAGGGAAGCCUUGGGUAUGGUGAAUAAUGUCAGCAAGUCCCAGUGCUUCAACGGUGAGAGCUUUGGCUCUACCGUACAGCAUUUGUAUCGGUCAUAUGGAAAAUACCAGUAUUAGGAAUAAGUUUCUGUAGUGAUAACAGUGUUGUCACUCUUGCACUAGAAUUGCCAGCCACUGUGGAUCCAAGGCUGUUGCUUUGAAACUUUAAAUGCACACUCUGGAAAAAAAAUGCAAUUAAUCAAUGCUGACUACUGUGGUGUAUUCGAGUAGAACAGAGACAUAUUUAUAUGACUUUGGUGUGUUGUGCAGCCCAGCACAAAUGCAGACAUGGCUGUGAUUCAUAUGUCCAUUUGAUUCCAGUAGUUUGCUCUUGAUGUCACUUAGUUUGGAUCCAACUCAAUAUUGCCCUUGUUUUUGCUUCCAUUUGUGUUGUGAACUGCACAGAGCUCUUUCUCACCCAAGCCACCUUGAGUUCUGUAGACGCAGUAUGGGAUGAGUCUGAAUGACUGUAUACUGCUUCCAGGAACAAUUCCCUGUUCUGGGGCAGGAGGACAGCUGGAGGGGUAUAUUGCCUUCAAAUCCAGCUCAUGGGCUUUUUAUUGGGAAACAGGAUAUGGCAUUAGCCAGGCCAGGCGUGGGUAUGUUACAUUCCUCCAGAUGUUGUCAGACUGCAGCACUCCUGGUGGUGAGAGAUCAUGUGAGUUGCAGUCCGAAAACAUCUAGAAGACUACACAUCCCUCAGAAAGGCCUUAAAUGUGAUCUAACAGGAUUCUUACUUUCUUAACUAUCCUAGUGCUCGAUACAACUGCAAUAAUUAUAUUCUUCAACAAUAAUUAAUUAAUUAAUUAAUUAAAAAUGGCCACAAUUAUUGACUGAAGAGGGGGCAAUUCAUGAGCAAAGAACCUGUUGACCUGAGUGAGAAAGGCAUAAGGAUGUUGUUAGUGCUUUUUUUUGCAUAGAUUUGUUCUUUUCAGUGGCACUUCCACCUUCAGCUUUUUUCACAGUUUGUAAAGGCAGAAUCAGUUGAUGGCAUGCAAUGGAAAUGACGUGUAUUUGUAUUUUUAUAUUUGCACUCUUUUAGAAAAAAAAUAUGCAUGACAAUGAACGCUCUCUGAAAACUCCACAUAAUAUAGAUAACACUACUCUCCGUCUUAAAUGUUUAAAAAGUUUACAUGACGUUCAUUUUAAAACUCUUAGGCAUGCAAGGUUGAAUAAUGGUGUAUAUUAGGACUUGGGCAUGCAUAACAAGAAGCUAAAACAUGCAAGAUGAUGAUAAUGGAAGAAAGCAGAAGAACUGUACAUCUGAUCAACAGUCUUGUAUAAAACAAGCAUCAUUUGACACAAGUGCUCACAGACUGCAGCCGAGCUCCAUAGAUAAAGUGUGCUGCAGUCCAUGACAGGUUACGCCAAAGAAAACUUACUAUUCUUUAAGAUGCCACAAAAUCCUUUGUAGGUUUUGGUGCAAGAGACAAACACAGGUACUCCCGCUUGAAAUGUGCACAUCUGAUCAGAUCAAUUCAUCACGGAUUGUAGUGGGUUGUCAUUUCCAAUUGAAUGUACUUGUGGUGCAUGUUUACAAAACCUGUUGCAGAUAACUUUACAUACAAGUCACUGGAAUAAUUUUUAAAGUAAAAUUGACAAGUGGCAAAAUGUGUGUGAUCUUUUUUUAACCCCUCUCUGACUGCACUUUUCUUAAUAAAAAUGCUUUACCUUGUCACAAUG